AUGUCUCUACCCAAAAUCCAAAUAGAAGAGGUGCCGGACAGCACGGAUGCUGGCUCUGGAGCUGCUGCUCCUCCUGAUGACCACCUGAGGAGCCUCAAGGCGUUGACGGAGAAGCUGAGACUGGAGACCAGGCGCCCGUCCUACUUGGAGUGGAAAGCAAAGCUGGAGGAGCAGGCAUGGAAGAGCCCCCAGCCAGCAGGAGAAGAGGAGGAGGAGGAGGCGACCGAGGCCAAAAAGGCCACGGGGGAGACUGUCCCCUUGAGGAAGGCGCAGCUGCAUCUCAAUGGGAGCCCUGCCCAGGACAAGGUGACUCUUACCUCAGGGAGAAUAGGUGGCUUUGAGAGCAUCGACGAAGCUUUGACGUGGCUCAGGAAGGAACUGGCAGAAAUGCGCCUGCAGGACCAGCAACUGGCGAGGCAGCUCAUGCGCCUUCGCAGCGAUAUCAACAAGCUGAAGAUCGAGCAGACCUGCCACCUGCACCAGCGCAUGCUCAACGACGCCACGUACGAGCUGGAGGAGAGGGAUGAGCUCUCCGACCUCUUCUGCGACUUCCCCCUCGUGAGCUCCUUCAGCCUCUCCACGCCGCUCAAGCUCAUCGGCGUCACCAAGAUGAACAUCAACUCCCGCCGGUUCUCGCUGUGCUGA